GUAAGCCCAUGGCACGUUGUCGCGAGAUAUAUAUUCAUUUGCGAGUGGCGGGAGUCCCCGAGGGAAGCCGGUGGGGCCUCCUCGCGCCGACAAGUGAUCGUUUACAGUUAUAGUCAGUCCGCAUCGGGCACUCGGCCGGCCCUGACCGUAUCGGUACACGUAUACACGCUGAUAAGGUUCCUCGUUUUCUUUGGCUUUUUCGGAUACGCGUGCGCGUCACCGAAGAAUUUCUCUCUCCCUCUCUCUUUUUUUCGGGGACGGACGAGUCUCUCUUUCUCAAAAUCGAGUGCCAAAUAACAGUGUGAUUCGGGCCUUUCCUCCGAUUCCUUUUCUCAGACAUCUUUCUAAAUUUCCUUAUCGCGUCGUCGUCGAGCGUCAUCGUCGACCUAACGAGACGACGAAAUCGCUUUAGAGUUUGAACUCGACAGCAGCGACGGCAGUGAUUGACAGGACGUUAUUAAAUAUCUGUUGAAAGUAUCGUAAGGCUUCGAGCAGUGAUUUAGUGGCCAAGAUCAAUGAGUGUCGUGUGAAAGGAAAAGUGCGAGACGCGACUUUGCGUUCGGCGGCUGCGAAAAACGCGCUGGCGCUGCGCGUGCACUCGUCGCGCUUUACGCACGAAGCACACUGAUGGAGAAUAAUCGGCCGACGAGAGAGACCGAGCUGUGAUUUUGAUCAGGAUAAUGCGAAGCCUGGAUAGGCUAUCGGGUAGCGACCAAGACUGCGGUGAUCGGGAAAUGUACAUCGACCUGGACGACGCCUCCGUCGACUCGCUUACCGGGAAACGUAGUCGCCACCAUGUCGUUGGCGCGGAGGUGGGCGAGGAGAGCGACAGCAGCGGAAGCGAGAGGAGUCCGAAGCAAGCGAAGAGGAGAAACCGCGGUAGUGCACCACCGACCACGAGGAGACGGAAAAGCGGAAUUUCCGCGCGUGAGAGGAACCUAAGGAGGCUCGAGAGUAACGAGAGAGAGAGGAUGAGAAUGCAUUCACUCAAUGAUGCUUUUGAGCAAUUACGCGAGGUAAUACCACACGUGAAAAUGGAGAGGAAGCUCAGCAAGAUCGAAACGCUCACGCUGGCUAAAAAUUAUAUAAUGGCACUGACGAAUGUCAUAUGUGAGAUGCGCGGCGAGGAGCAACCGUAUACGUUUGUCGAUGGUGAAUGCGGUUCUAGCAGCGGUGACAGUACCGGUCAAUUAGAAUUAAGCGGGGGCGAACAACCUGACGAAUCAUCGCCCGCAUCAAUCCACGAGACCAACAACAACAGUCUUCUUCACGAAGAUCUAGAACGCAGGAUCUAAGGAAAUUGAAUUUAAUCGACAACUAUCGAGACAUGUGUUACAUAUGCACAUAUACACACAGACUCUGUGAUAAACUAUCAUAUUAGUGCCUUCCGUAAGGACAGCAAUCCGCGACGAUUCACUCAUUAUCGCCAUGGAUCUUCGUAGAUCGUUGUACGUUUUUAAAAAAUUCCGCGCAUAAAGAUGAUCAAAAAUGAUUCCACAGAUACAUGCAAUGAAAAAAAACGCAAGA